UUGCCGAUCCCGGAGCCACGUGGUGGGGCCUAGGGACGCUGCUUGGGAGGCUUGAGAGGCUGAGCCUACGAGGGGGAAGAACCUGCCGGUUGUGCACGUCCGGGAUCUGCUGUUUUCUCUGCAAUCCCCUCCGCGCCCCUCGGAGAAGCUUCCCACCAGGGCUGUCUUGGCGAGGCGAGGAGCACAGCAGCUCUCUUCCGACGGGGGGUAAUAAAGCGGGGUUCCCCGCGCUACCGCCCCUCUCCGCCCCUUUGGCGAGCCGAGGCUUCAGCCCUUCCUGUUUACGGUUGCUGUAGCUACGACGGCAGCCCUCGACGCCUUGCUGUCGCUCCUCGAAGGAUUAGGUCUUUUCCUUCAAGCCUCGGGAGGCUUCCUAUGCAGACACAGCAGCGACUGAGAGUGGAGAAGACGCGUCUGGAUGAGCGCCGGUGGUGGACUCUUUCCUCUGUCACAAACCCAGCCCACCUUCCCGCAGAGUUGCUCAAGGUGGUGUUCUUGCUUCUUCAUUUUAUCCUCACAACAACCCUGUGAGGUUUUAUUGAAAAAAAGAACUUUACCCUUCAGUGCAAAAAACGCCUAUUCUGUUAAAUCAAAAUGAAGGACAUUAGGAUUAGUUUCCACAAACUUUACUCAUUUUCAGCUACAUUCACAGUUCCAUAAGAAGGGUUUCAAAAGGUGGAAAAUGGAAUCAGAUAUUUUCAAGAGGAAAGACUGUUUAUCUCAGCAGGUUGUAAAAGAUUUGCCAGCCCAAGCAUCAUGUCAUAGCACAACUGAUGAAACAACGGGAUCUUCCUUAAGUCUGGGUUGGGUAAGCAGCACAAACAACCCCUUUCCUGCACAGUUUACAUCCUUGAAUACGUCCAGCACACUGGAAAGAGACGUUGGCCUACCUGGUGACCUAGGCCACCUUCAAAUCUUUCAGGAUGCCAAGCCAUUCAGUUACACAGCCAGCUCUAUUCUUUUUCCUCACUUAUUACCACCAACUCAGGCAGGAAUAGUCCCUGCUGGUAAAAACAGUGAAACCCUGGGAAUCCCAAAUGCUGCCGCCGCUGCUACUUCUCCUCCUCCUCUGAUAACUCAAGAUGCAAUAUGCUGUCAAAACGGGAAACAGAGUCCAGGGCAGCAGGAACAGCUCAUAAUGCACCAGAUGGAGCACCUUCAACAGCUAGUAGCUGAACAGCAGAAAAUAAUUUCGUUCUUUAAUUCAGGCUUUUCAGCUUCUGCUGGUAUUCCCUCUCACCUUCUUGCUAUGAUCCCAUCCCUUCCAGGAGUCCCAGCUGCUUUAUUCCCUGUCCAGUUCCCUUCGGAGAAUUCUUUGCAAGCUCAGAAUAAUGGAAGCUCACAAACCAGUCCCUUAAUAAUAAAGCCUACUUUCCAGCAACUUGCCACAGAAACCUCAGCAAACAGCAACUUCUUAGAAGUUUCAAGGGAGCACCCUGAAACUCACGAAAAAGAAGCAAGUCUGCCAGGUGGAGAACCUUGGCUUGAAACUUCGCCACCUGUUACAGAACAAAGAGGGGAGCAACAGUUAGAGGAAAAUGCUUCUCUUUCCCCCUUUGGAUUAAGAAUGAACAUGAAGACACGGAACGUAGAUGACAGACCAAUCAGACCUGGAAUUGGAGAGAGGCGGAAGACAUUUGAGGAAUUUGUUGAGGAGCAACUUAAAGUCGAUUCUCAACAAGCAGAGAAGCAGCAACAGAACUCCCGUGAGGCUAAAGUCACUGCUCAGAAUUCAUUUCUGAAACGCGGGGAAGGGACUGCAAGGCUUGAAAAAAAGAGAAACAGUGUUGGCAAGGAACCAGCCAGAUUUCCUAGACGCAUUAGCUUUGAUUGUCAAAAUAAUUUCUCAUGGCCUUCUCAAUGGGAUGCAGAAGAACUAUUGGGGAAACACCCACAACUGAAAAGGCAGGUCACUAGCCCCACCGUGCUGAUCAUGGAUGAUGAAAACACACAUUGUAUCACCUUCAAGGGGGAUGUAAAAGGCCAGCUUCAUAAUUGCGAGCGAAGGUCAGAUGAAAUAAAAGACAGCAGCGAAUCUGGUGGUUGUGAUAGCAAAGGGAUAGUAAAUGGAGAAGUAUCUGGUGUACCACCUCAGUUUGACAGGUCCAAAUGUUCACAGGAAUGUCAUGAACAAAUAAUUGACAUUAAAGCAAAGGUGACUAAAAAAAAUGAAACCUCAAGUCUUGGGUCUCAGGAUCAUUUGGUUAGGGUUGACAAGAGAUCCCUGGAUUUUAAGGUUCCAAUGUGGCUUAUGGAGAACAUAGAAGACAGUGUAUCACAGGUGGUAGGAAUGUCCAUUGAUGCUUCACCAGAUGUCCCUGAGCUUCAUAACUUAGAAAGCAACCAAGACAAUCAAGAGGAGCAGAGCUCUGGACUUCAGGUUGCUCAAAGUGUGACUCAGAUUAGACAAUGUGAAAAUGAGCAUUGUAUUGCUGAGGGGAAAAGCCCAGAGGGCCAAGUGGAAGUCAACCCUGGGUUUAAGAAAGUCAAUGAUCAAAUAAUAAAAGUUACACCUAAAUCAGAUAGAAAAUGUGUCACCACAAUGGCUAAUUUCCAAAAGAACAGCAAUGCAGGUGCUGCUAAUGCAUGGGAAGGAAAACCCCUCUCUAGUGAUUCACUCUGCACAUCUACUGAUAGUGAAGAUGAACCUAAAUCUCAUUGCUCUCAGUACGCAAUAAGGCCUAGUAACCAUAGACCAGCUAACAUUGGCAAGAACAUGGAUCUUUCCGAUGCUGACUAUGCCACUGAUGAACCCAGUGGAGCUGAUGAUUACUCAUUGAAAAACCAUGGAAAAUUGCCUGCCAGUAAAUUUGGUGUCCAGGAACCAGCAGGUCAACAAGAGGCCACUCUUAUCACAAGUAGCAGUAGCAGCAGCAGCAAUGAAUCUAGUGUUGAUGAUGGCAGCCUGAAGACUCUCUCCCCCCUUAGAAGAUCUUCCUGCCACCCCUCAAAAACUAGAAGAGGAGGAAGGAAGUCUAAAACACAGAGCAACGGUGUUGCCAGCAAUUACAGUGCAGAGUACAAUUUGCAACCUCCUUCCUUGACAAGUGAUCUUGUGGCCAACCUUUUCCCUUCUUUCAAAAGCAAAGCAAAUGUAGAUGAUAAAAGAGCUACCCCAGAGCAAGUUCAGAAAAGGCACACUGAUAAGUUAGAAUGUGAACCGGAAGUUCAGGUGCAUCAGAGAGAAACUUCUCUCCUAGCUCAGAUGAAAGAAGAACAAGCAAAAGCCAUGGACUUUCUUAGAAGACAAAUAAAUCAAUUUGAGGCCAAGAGGUCGCAGAAGUUGCAUUCCCUGGAACAGUGCAAGACUGAGGAAGCCCUGAAAUUGCAGAAAGAAAAGGCAGAAUUUGAGAAGCAUACGACAGUAGGUAAAGGAGAAUCAGGGGAAAUACAAAUGUUAAAGCAGCAAAUAGCAGGGCUGCAGGAGGAGUUCAGAAGGAAUGAGACCCAUUGGCACGCUGCCCAUGGCGAGCUGAGAAGUCAGGUCGAAGCACUGACCAAACAGAACCUGGAAUUUCAAGACGAGCUCAGGGUCUCUGAGCAUCAGAAGAUGGAAAGCGAAAGGAAACAUGGAGCUGUGGAUUUGAUUGGCAGAAAAAGAGAAACGCCGGUCUCAGCAGCUGUUUUGAGAGGGACACCACCUGAAGGAACCCUGGUAGAGAAACUGUCGCAAAAUAGCCACAAGAGCCCUGACGAUAAGCUUAUGGGAAGGAAAAUAGUACUGCCAGAUGAAUUGGCCCCUAGAGAUUCACAGGCAACAAGGAGGGUUCUGCAAAGGUCUGAGUCACUGAAAUCUGCAGCAAGAGAGCAAAGAGUGAAGAGCCCGUGUAAAGCAGUUCAUAACAGAAGUGUGACACCAAUAAGCCAGAGGACCCCUCAUCAAACACCGUUUGGACUACAGAAAGCUUUGCCUCAGUUGGCUCACAGUCAGCAGCACAGUUAUGGAAGGAAGACACCUGUGUCUGAAUUGGAACCAAGCGUACUUACCAGCCCAGCUCUGCAUGUGAAAGGCACGUUCUCUUCCACUUCAGGUAGUUCAGAAGACACAGCAUUUUUAAAUAGUCAAAGCAAUGACAGUUUAAGCACCACAUCCUUGAGUAAUGUGGGAAUACAGGUGAAAGAGAAUCCUAGCCAUAAAAGGGUUCAGAGAUCCAAUAAAUCUUCUGAGCAAGUGGUUUCUAUGUCUACCUCCAGGAAAAACAGCAUUGCCUCAAAUGGCAGGAAUACACCUGUGGAAAAUCUUCCUAUUUUUGUGGAGACUAAAAAUAAGGCUUCUCCUCUCAAAUCAAUACUGUCCAGAAGAGCAUCACUAUAUACUGAAAUAAAGGAGGAUGGGGAAGUGAAAGAAAUAAUAGAGUACCCCGAUGGAAAGGUGAAACAACUGUUUACUGAUGGGCGCAGGAUUACUAAAUAUCCGAACGGGACAAAAAUGGAGAUUAGCGCAGAUAAAAGAACAACUGUUGUUACUUUUUACAAUGGAGAUAUUAAGAAGAUCUUGCCAGAUCAGAGAGUGAUUUAUUAUUAUGCAGAGACACAAACAACCAGAACCGUUUUCCCAAAUGGAUUGGAAGUGCUGCAGUUUCCUAAUAAUCAGAUUGAAAAGUACCACCCCGACGGUACUGAAGAAAUCGUGUUUCCAGACCAAACGGUGAAACGCCGCUAUGAUGGAGGUAUGGUGGAAGAAACUGUUUUCCCAGACGGUACAGUUGUGAAAGUGGAAAAAAGUGGAGUUAAAACCAUCCAGUUCCAUAUGCCACAGUCUAUGAGAAGGGAAUACCCUGAUGGGACUGUCAAGACUGUCUAUGCAAAUGGCCAGCAGGAAACCAAGUAUUCUUCAGGACGGGUUCGAAUCAAAGAUGAGAAGGAGAACGUCAUCCUGGAUAAGGAGUAACUUGUGUUCCCUGGAUGGUGGUCUUAGCAUUUCAUUAUGUUCUCUUAUGUCGUGUUUCAUGAUGUUAUGUUAUAGUUUAUUUUUUAUUCCAUCUUUUGUCCAGAAAGGUCUAUGAAGUGUCUCACAAAAAUACAAAUACAGUUGUACCUUGGUUCUUGAACGCCUUGGUACUUGUAUAUUUUGGGUCCCGGACGCCACAAACCCGGAAGUUAGUGUUCCAGUUUGUGAACUUUUUUGGAAGCUGAACAUCCGACGUGGCUUCCAAUUAAGUGCAGGAAGCUCCUGCAGCCAAUCGGAAGCUGUGCCUUGGUUUUCGAAAGUUUUUGGAAGUCAAACGGACUUCCGGAAUGGAUUAUGUUUGAGAACCAAGGUAUGACUGUACACCAUUUGAGCAGUACAGUAAAAUAUAACUGACAAUUACUGCUGCUGAAAACAGUAACAUAUCAGUAAUGUCUUCUAAACAGCCAGACAGAUUUGCUGCAUCCAAAUAGCUUUUAAUUUUUUACUUCCUUCUGUCAUAAGAAUGAAGUAAAGAAAGGAGUACGGACCCCACCUGGAGGUCAAAAGCCUGGGAGCUACCAUGGAGAAGACCAAAUAUCACAUCUCCAUCAGCUUAGCCUCAAACAAGAAUAACCUAAGAAGAGCCCUGCUGGAUCAGCCCAAGAGUCACCUUGUCCAGGGUGUGGGGUUUGUGGUGCACUUACCUUACUUUUGUGAUGGCUAAAAGCUUUACAGUGUCCUUUCUGUUUGUUCUACAAAUCAACUCUCCAGGAGUCUGCAACCUGCAGCCUUCCCAGGUGCCUGUGCUUACUGAAAGCCUUAUAACAUUCCUGGCUGGGCUUUCCUGGAAGCACUGGAAGCUGGGGAGGCUGCCUAAUGUGAGUUUGACCACUUCCAACUGAAAGUAUUUUUAUUUUUAAUGAAAUAAGUGUUGCUGUUGUUUUAUAACCAGCGACUUCCCUUAAAAACAAAACCACCAAGUGCCCCAAUCUCAGGCUCCUAGUAAUCAUCCUGCUUGGCUUCCCACACUUCACGUAAAAGCCUGGGAAUGGCAGCAUGUGGCAGCUAGGGAGACUGCAGAGUGCUGGACAAAAUUAAAGAAACAUACACAACUUUGACCACCUUGCAAAGGCGUGGCAAGCUCAGCCCUGCACUCACCAAGAUUAUAAAGGAACUCUAAUGUGUUCUGUAAAUGAGGCAGCUAAAAUGGGUGCCUCGGUUUUGAGAAACUCUAGUGCUAAAUUUCCAUAGCCUCAGGUUUGAUGGAAAAGGAAGGGAGAACUGGGUAUCAUUGGCAUAUUGAUUGGACUGCACUCAGACGCUACAGAUGAUCCCACAGUUUCAUGGAGAUGCACGGGGAGGGGAUAAGAUCCCUGUGAGAUGCUGUGUGUCAAAGGCCAAUGAGUGUAAUGUUUAAUUCCCCAGCAAUAUCUUCUGGGGUCUACCAUUCGGGGAGGACCAAUGCCAGUACAAAACUCUUGCCACUCGGCCCUAACGCAGUAGGGUGGUUCAGAAUGAUAUCAUAAGCUGCUGAACUAAUGAACUUGUAUUGUACUUUUGUCUGUGUGCUUAAUUUGGUGUGCAUUGCUGUAAUAUUUUAUUAUGAUCUGGCAGUUUGUAUAAAUAAACAAACAAAAUCAAUCUA